AUGGAUGCUAAAGUUGUUAAAUCGGCUAAAAGAAACAAUAAAGAUGAAGAUAGUGAAUCCUCUUCCGAUGACAAAAUGGGCCCUCAACUUCCGUCUCAGCUACCUCACAGUAAGCGUCGGAAGCUUCCCCAUGAAAAAUUACACGUCUCUGCGCUCCCUAAAUCUACGCGAUAUUCAAAGUCUCUUAUGCAUAGGGAACAGUUGACUUUCAUCACCAUGACGCCUUUCACGGAUUUUCUUAUAACAAGUUCCGCUGAUGGAGUUGUAAAAUUCUGGAAAAAAGUAUCAGAAGGAAUAGAAUUUGUCAAAGAGUUCCGAGCACACAGCGGAGAGAUUUUGAGUGUUUCGGUGAGUGCAGAUGGUAGAUCUUUUGCAACAGCUGGGGCAGAUAAAAGCAUCAAAAUAUUCGAUGUUUCAACCUUUGAUCUAUUGGCUGCAAUCACAACAGAGUACAUUCCUAGAGCAAUUUGUUGGAUACACAAGAGAGGGGCAUCCCAGCCUCUACUGGCUAUAUCAGAUGAAGUGAACCAUACUAUUCAGAUAUAUGAUGGCACUGGAGACAAACAAGCACCUAUACAUACUAUCAGCCGCUUGCAUCGGGGUGUUGUACACUUGAUGGCAUUCAACAAUGCUUAUGACUGUGUUAUUUCAGCUGAUGAGGACGGUAUGCUGGAAUAUUGGAGUCCCAGUAAUAACUAUGAAAAACCAGAUAAUGUUUUCGAGUUUAAAAGCUCAACUAACUUAUACGAACUUAAAAAAGCUAAGGUCAUACCUGCUUCGCUUACUGUGUCCCCAACCGGAGCACAAGUCGCAAUAGCCUCUUUUCCAGACAGAAAAAUUCGAAUUUUUGAUUUUCCAACGGGAAAGCUUUAUCGCACCUACGAUGAAUCAUUGCAGAUACUCGAAGAGAUGCAACAGGCUGGUACUGCACUUCAAAAACUAGAAGACGUCGAAUUUGGUCGAAGAAUAGGCGCAGAAAGGGAGCUUGAAACCCCAGCGUUGCGCAACAAGGCUAAUAUCAUCUUCGAUGAGACUGGUCAUUUCAUAAUCUACGGCUCGAUGCUCGGGACAAAAGUUUUAAACACAUAUACAAACCGAGUCGUUAAGGUUUAUGGUAUUGAUGAGAACUUUAGACCUCUCAGUAUUGCUUUGUACCAAGGUCAACCACAAAAAAAAAGUUUCACCACAGUCGCCAUGGCAGCAUCAAACAACCCCCUCCUCCAAGAGUCGGAGGCUCGAGAUCCCAUCCUCUUCGCAACAGGAAUCGGAAAAGCCAGGUUCUAUAUGUUUACAAAUGAUAGUAAUAUUAUCAAGUCUGAAAGAGAUGUCCAUAAUGAGAAGCCUUCAAAUAUGAACUCCAACAAAGCUAUUGAGGCAAAAAUCACGGAAAGUGGUACUGGCGCAAUUAUCCAUACAACAUAUGGUGAUAUCCACAUCAGGCUUUUCCCCGAUGCAGCUCCCAAGUCCGUAGAAAAUUUUGUCGUUCACUCAAAAAAAGGUUACUAUAAUAAUACAAUAUUCCAUCGCGUAAUCAGAAAAUUCAUGAUUCAAUGUGGAGAUCCACUCGGGGAUGGGACAGGCGGUGAGAGCAUUUGGGGCAAAGAAUUUGAGGAUGAAUUUAGCACACUCAAACACGACAAGCCCUAUACUGUAAGUAUGGCCAAUGCAGGCCCUAACACUAACGGUAGUCAAUUCUUCAUCACAACUGAGAAAACACCUUGGCUGGACAACAAACACACCAUCUUUGGGAGAGCAAUUCAAGGCCUCGAUGUAAUUCACAGGAUUGAGAAUGCAAGAGUCUACAAGGAAAAGCCGGAAGAAGAAAUUAAAAUUCUGAAUAUAGAGAUUGUAUGA